AUGGCCACCACCAACAGUCCGGCCAGUGCGCCGCUGGACCCUCGUCCGGUCUUCUUCUUUGACAUUGACAACUGCCUGUACUCCAAAGGGUGCAACAUCCACGAUGAGAUGCAGAAAUUGAUCAACCAAUUCUUUAUCAAGCACCUGUCCCUGAAUGCCGAUGACGCACACAUGCUCCACAUGAAGUACUACAAGGAAUACGGUCUCGCCAUUGAAGGUCUUACGCGCCAUCACAAGAUCGACCCCCUGGAAUUCAACCGCGAAGUGGAUGAUGCGCUGCCGCUCGACGAUAUCCUCAAACCGGACCCCAAGCUGCGCCAGCUGCUCGAAGACAUUGACCGCAGCAAAGUGCGAAUGUGGCUUCUCACGAACGCCUACGUGACCCAUGCGAAACGGGUGGUGAAGUUGCUGCAGGUGGACGAUAUGUUCGAGGGCAUCACAUACUGUGACUAUGGCAAUUUGCCGCUGGUGUGCAAACCCAGCCAGGCCAUGUAUGAGAGGGCGGAAAAGGAGGCCGGAGCUUCCAGCACGUCAGAGUGCUACUUUGUUGACGACUCCGGUCUGAAUUGUACUCAUGCUGCCGCCCGGGGUUGGGCCGUGGCUCAUCUCGUUGAGCCUGGGAUUCCCCUCCCCCACGUGCCGGCCUCGCAAUAUAUGAUUCGCAGCCUGGAGGAACUUAGGACCUGCUUCCCCGACUUGUUUAAGUCCAAGCAGAAAGUAUAG